AUGCCCCCGCGUCGAUCCCAUAAGAAGUCGAGAGCGGGCUGCCGCCGUUGCAAGGCUCGCAAGAUCAAGGUAAUAAUACGGUCAUGCAAUAUGAAUACAUGCGACGAAAUCCAUCCACGAUGCGGAAACUGUUUGAAACACGGCGUGCCUUGCGACUUCGAGCACCCAGACGUGAUCGAUGAGAUCCAGCAGGUCGUCGGCGCCGCCGCCUCGACUCCCGCAACUCCCGCAACACCGUCGGCCGUCUUCACCCCUGCGGCAGCUUUUGACUACCAGUCCCCCGCCGCCCACCAUGCCCCGUCCCCGGCCAUGCGCAGCGCGACUCCCCUGUGCAGAUCCCCGUCGACACCGACAAUCUCCGCCGCCACCCCGCCGGACCAGAGGAUGCUGGAGCUGAGGUUAAUGCACCACUACACCGCCAUCACCUGCAAGACCUUUACCUUCUCGGCCCCCAUGACGGAGGAUAUCUGGAAGUUCACGGUGCCGAGCCUGGCCUUCUCGGGAUCCCAGCACCUCGCCGACGCGGUCCUGGCCGUCACCGCCCUGCACCUGCGCAGCAUGUCGCCCAACGACCGGGACAUGAUCCGGGCUUCGCACGCGUACAUGGCCGCCUCGCUCGCCGAGUACAACGCGACGCUGAACGAGGGCAUCAACCAGUCCAACGCCGAGGCUCUGUUCCUGACCUCGACCCUCAUCGCCUUCCAGGCGACCGCCACCCGGACCUUCAUCAAGGACGAGCCCGGCGCGACGGGGGGAGUGGAUGGCAGGGCGGCGGCGGCGGCGGCGGCGGCGGGUGGCGGCCCUGGGACGGGCGGCUACGCGGUGCCGUUCUCAUGGUUCCACUCGUUCCAGGGCGUCAAGGCCAUCACGGCGGCGUCGUGGCGGUACCUGAGGCAUAGCUCCGUCGUGGCGCAUAUCAUCAACUCGCAGGCGGCCCUGCAGCUCGACUUUGAGGCGAGCAAGGAUGGCUUCUUCGGCCACCUGCUGGACGGCCUGGACGAGGAACUGGCUGCCAUGGAUGCAAAUGCCUCGUCCUCCGGCCCCGAAGCCAGCAUCCCGCUGGCGGCGGCCCAGGGGAUGGAAGACGCGGCUGCGGCGGCACAAUCGUCGCUGGUCGACAGCACGCGGCAGGCGUACCAGCACGCGGUGGCGGCGCUCAACUGGGCGCACAAGCUGCCGCACAAGGGGGCCGCGCUGUCGUUCCCGGCGACGGUGUCGCGGCGGUUCGUGGAGCUGCUCGAGGAGCGGCGGCCGCGGGCGCUGGCGGUGCUGGCGUGCUUCUUCGCGCAGCUCAAGUCGCUCGAGAGCGUGUGGUGGCUGCAAGGCAUGGCGCGGCGCGAGGUGCUGGGCGUCGUGGGCCUGUUCAACGGCGACUACUUUGGCGCCGACGCACACCGCACUUGGUGGCCGCACCUCGAGUGGGCGGCCAGGAUCGCUGUGUGGCAUGACGGAGACGACAUCCCGCCUGAGGUGUGGGGCGCUGAUUGGCAGGCUGAGGAGGAGAAGGCGCUAGCGGCCCAGGGGGGAAGCGCCGGCGUCGACUUUGUCAGCCAGAUCGAGAUGCUUAGCCAGAUGGCUGGUCCGGCGGCGCAGAGCUUGCCGGUCGACUUCCCUGGGCCUUGA